CCUUCUACCGGGGAAAGGGAGGCCUCCUCCCGCCACGGAAGGCAGCGCUUCUGCCUCUUCGCCAUCACAGGGUCGUCACUUGAUGAGAACAAGAACCACGGCGGGCGGCAGCAGCAACAGCAGCAAUAAGUGUUGGUUGUUAAAGUGGGGUGUUAAAAAUGCGCCUGCUCUGCUAGGGCUUUCAUGUGAGGAACAGUCGUGCUAUUGAAACGUUGUAGUUCUAGUAUGGAAAUGUUCUUGUUUAUAUCCCGCCUUUUCCUCAGGCCUGGACUCCAGGUGCCUUACCCAAGUCAAAGCAGCACAGAUAUAAUACAAAAAGCAAAACACGUGUGAAAGGCUUUUGGUGAAAGUUGCAGCAGUUUCAGAUCUGUGGAUGGUCAACAACGGUUUUCUGCCCUUCUCAUGAGCCAUGGCCUACCAGCUCUAUAGAAAUACCACGCUGGGGAAUAGUCUUCAGGAGAGCCUAGAUGAGCUCAUACAGUCUCAGCAGAUCACCCCCCAGCUUGCCCUUCAAGUGCUACUUCAGUUUGACAAAGCUAUCAAUUCUGCAUUGGCACAACGGGUCAGAAACAGAGUCAAUUUCAGGGGCUCCCUGAACACAUACAGAUUUUGUGACAACGUUUGGACAUUUGUACUGAAUGAUGUUGAAUUCAGAGAGGUCACUGAGCUUGUGAAAGUGGAUAAAGUGAAAAUAGUAGCCUGUGAUGGGAAAAAUACUGGUUCCAAUGCUGCAGAGUGAAGAGGAAGAUGGGCCCCUGUGCCAGCAAUGUCUUUAAGAGGCUGCAAUUCUGAGAGGAGGGUGGCCAAAGAAUGUGUGGAUGACUAUUUUAAUGAAGCAGAUAUGAGUAAUCCAUGCUGGAAUGCCUUGUGGAACUGUCUUGGCAGAAGCUCUGUAGAGCAUCUUUUGAGUUCACCUAAGACAUGAAGACAAAGAAUAUUGCUUUUUUUAAAAGGGAGAGAAACAAAAAAAUAAGGAUGAAAUGCUGUUGCUUUUUGGUUCAUCAAGGUAACCUCUCCAAUAAACAUUUUAUUUAAAACUUU